AUGCGCGUUGUGAGAGGACAGGUAUGGAAUCUGCAUGAAUGUCUUGUCAGGAACGAACCUCCGGCCGCAUUACAACACAAAGAGCCGAUUUUGGUCACCAGAAGGUGAGU